AUGCAGCGGCGCUUCCUCUGGACCUUCUUCGGAGCCGCCGCCGCUGCAUGCCGCAGUCGCGGCCGGAGUGGGCAAGGCGAGGGGCAGCGCCCCCAUGUCGCCGCCAGCCGGAGCCCCAGCGACUCCAACAAUAGCGCAGCCGCAGGCCGGAGCUCCAGCGACUCCGGCCUCGGCGCCGCCCACUCCAAGUGCGGCGCGUCCGACGACCUCGCCGGGGCACCAGCGUCGAGCUACAACCCAGCCGGGAAGUGCUCAUGCUGCGGAGCCGCGGGCAGGACCAAGCGGAGGUGCAGCUGCUUCGGCGGGAAGAGCCACCAGCGCCUGCGCCUCCUCGCCCCGCAGCGCGCCCCAGGCACGUCGGUCUACCUCAUCCCAGCGACCCCGGCUUCCGCGGCAGCGGCCGCAGCGGGCCCAGCGGUCGCGCAGACCCCAGCGACGCCCCCAGCGGCGCCCCCUCGGUCGAAGUGCUCGUGCUGCGGGGCACCGAGCAGGACCGCCCGGGGAUGCAGCUGCAAGGGCGGGAAGAGCCACCAGCGCCUGAGGGAACAGCUGGAGCGGCUGGACCAGGACAUCCGGGGCACGGCCGCGGCAUUACGCUGGAGGCGCGUGGCAUCGAAGCUGACCAACAAGGGCCCAGAGGAUUGGGACUGCAUCUCCGUGCCAAGCAGGACGGACACGAUGCUCGACGACUCGGAGCUGCCGGAGAUGGACCGCAAGACUCCAGGACCUGCCGCGGAGGACAUCUUCGCCCUGAAUGAGAUCAACAGGGCCGACAUGGAGGUAUGUUGUCCGGAGAACUCGAUCCUGGGAGCUGCAGUACAGGCCCAAGGAGGGACCGUCGUCAGGUGUGGCCUCUUCAACGGCUUCGACAUGGCGAGUGCGACGGGCGUUCGCAGGGCGAUGCAUCUACUGCGUCGGGUACGACCUCGACGACUGAUCCUCGGUCCGCCGUGCACCGCGGACUGUGCGCCCCAGAACCUCAACCAGAAGACGAAGCAGCAGCGGGAUGAGCUCACGAAGAAGGCACGUAGGGCCUGGCGAAUCCAACGAGGAUGUCAGUCUCUCUACGAUGAAGCCAAGAAGCUCACGGACUGUCACACGGAUCUGGAACAGCCAUUGAACCGCCGCAGUUGGUCGAGAUCACCAGCCAUCAAGCAGAUGAGGAACGAGAUGCGCGUGUCUGUCGCGCACGGAUGCGCGCACGGGUUUCGAGACGUCCGGAGCGGGCUUCUGAUGAAGAAGGCCUGGAGGAUAUGCUCGACUGACCCGGAGUUUGCCCGGAAGGUCGGCCGACGCUGUUCGAACCGACCUGGACGCGCCGAUAGCCAUGAACACCGACCUAUCGAGGACGGUCAGGUGGUUGCGCAAACGGCGUUCUACCCUCCCGCCACGUGCCGGACCUGGGCCAAACACAUCCUGCAGAAGAAUGGCAUUGCGCACUACGGCAUGGAGAUCUUCGCGGCCCUGGACCAGAUCACCGAGGAUGACGCGGAGAUGGGCGCUAUCUCGGACGAGAAGCUCUCCGAUUCCACUGCCACGGGUGUCAUGCGGGACAACUUCCGAAAGCAGUACGUGUGGCUUCGGACGUCCCACAUCAUGGCGCUGAACCUGGACGAGGGAUCCGGCCUGACAAGUGUGACCUAUCACGGACAGACAGACGAGAGGAGCGGCAACAUAUCCGCCGCAGAGGUCAUCAACGCCUGGGAGUCGUGGAACAGCCACCACAGGCGACCGACACUACGUCGACUGGACCCUGAGGGGCGCCACUGCUCUCAAGCGGUGGCCAAGUGGACCUCGGACCGGGGCAUCGAGCUCUGGAUCGCCCCCGGGGAAGCCCACUGGCUGAUGGGCAAGGUGGAGCGCCAGGUGCAGGUGUUCAAGAGGUUCCUGACCAAGCUGGCCACCCUGGACCCCGAGUGCCCGGUGAAGGAGCUGAUAUCCUGGGCCGUGAGCGCAAUCAACUCCAUGGAUAAGGUCGGGAACCACUCCCCGCUCGAGCACGUGAUGGGCGUCACCGGGACGCCCGGGUCCAACAACCCUUUCGCCAUCGUCGAUGGGGGCAGCGGGGAGACCCAGGAACAGAGGCGCCUCUUAGCCAGGAAUAGCUUCUUGGAGUGA